AGUUUUAGGGUUUAUUUGCAAGAAAGAAAAUUAACCUGAAAAUUCGGCGAUAAAGUAUGUCGCAAAGUUCUUCCUUGAAAUCUGAUGCAGCCUCUGCAUUUACCAUUCUUCCAGAGUUCGCAGCGGCCAAGGCGGCGACCAUGGAGUUAAACCAGAGCUUUAAGACAAAACUUGUGUCUUUUAGAUCAUUCAUACGUAAAACCACCACCUCCAAAGAUGAGGUCAGAGCUUCCAUAAGGUGCAUUGGCAGAUGCAUUGACAAUAUGGAGAUCAGUUUGAACGAUUACGAAGUGAUUGUCGAGGAUAAGGUGGAUCGACCCGAGGUUAGCUCCUCUGAAGAUUUGAGCCACGACCAACUGAGGUCAAAUGCCACGCUACUCUUGAAGUAUUUCAAGAACCGCACUCUCGAGUACUUUUUUGCCGCUUUCUUCCCUCCUGAUAUUACACAUGUUGACGAUGCUAUGGCCCAGUUUGGUCUCAUCAGGUCUCAUCUCGAAAAUUGUGAGUCUCUCAUUUACAAGGUUAUGAUGGAAGCUUAUGACUGCAUAGCAAGUUCUGAAGAUGAAGACUCUGGGUAUAUAUUUUUCUAGCUUACCUCAUGUUGGAUCCGAUCGAUUAGCUUAUUUUAUUUUAACUUUGAUGUGGAUUUGUGUUAGUUUGACACUCCUAAUGAUGUGCCACGUUUUUAUGUUACUAUGUCUCACUCUCAAACUAAUGGAUCUAUGUUAUUUUUAA